AGCAAAUUGCAUCUAGUCGGAAUAGUAAAGAGAAUCACUGCUCAGGCGGUUAAUUUCCGUUUUAAGAUAGAGCUACGGCCCCGGGUUCGAUACCUAAUCAUUUAAAAAUAGUAAAAUAUAUAGUCCCACCCGUGUUCCUUUUCUAGUCCAUCACCUCUGCAACUCUCUCUCUGUUUCUUUUAAGUAGAUUACCACUUCCUAUUCAAUCAAAAUACCUCCGGUGGUAGAUUAAUUCCGCCCUAGUUUUCAAAACAGAGUCUUUUAAAAUCUUGAUGCCAAAUGAAUUACAACUUACUAAUUAGGGAAGACAAAUUUGCUUUACCUUUGUUUGGGAUGUCCACUAAAGGCUUACCGUAAACAGAAACUUCUUUAUUUCAAUUGUUUUUAUUUUCUUGGUCUUUCUUCCCCUGAAACAUUAUGAUCCGUUGAUCGAACCCUAACAAAAGAACAAGAGAAAGCUUGAAUUACACCGUCUCCUUCUCAUUGUGGUGAGUUCCUCUCUCUCUAAUCGCUCAUGAUUGAAGUUUGGACCUUUUUCUAAAAAAAUUUGUGAAUUGAAUGUAAAAUUGUAUUUGAAAACGAAAAAGAAAACUGUUUCUAUACAACAUUUGUCUGAGAGUUUGUUGAGUUCUAAACUGAUCAUAUCUUCUAUCUCCCAGGGAUUUGAUGAACAUGAUGCUACGCUCGAAUUACACUGUCUCCUUCUCAUUGUGGUGAGUUCCUCUCUCUCUAAUCGUUCAUGAUUGAAGUUUGGACCUUUUGUUAAUUUUUUUUGUGAAUUGAAUGUAAAAUUGUAUUUGAAACUCAUGUACGUAGUAUGUAUGCAUAUUAUCUAUUGAAAACGGUAUACUUCCUUUACUAAUAAAUCUUGAUCUGUUUUAUUUUGCUUUCAGGUAACCAACUGUUGAGUCCGGCAUGUCUCGGUCAGAUAUGAGUUCGAGACCGGAUCUAGCGAAGUUCAGAAGUCUCUGCCUUGUAAUCUGUUUCUUGGCUGUGGUUACCUCGGCACGUGUGAGUCCGAGAAGAAAUUUGGAUUCUCCGGAUCUCAGAAUCGCUACUCUGUUUGCUAUAGCUGAAGAUGUAGGUUUACCGCAUGUACAUGCAGAGAGUUGGGUAGGAAAUGAUACUUGUCAACAAUGGUACGGGAUUUCCUGUACAGAUGGUGUCAUCACGGCGAUAGCCUUUAUAAACUCCAAUCUGACAGGUAUCAUAUCUCCCAGAUUCGCAGAGCUCAGUUCUCUGAGUGAAAUUGAUCUGGCUCAUAACAGACUUACCGGCAUCAUCCCUCUCGAGCUUCUUACCAAGUUGAAGAAACUGGUCAUUCUUGAUGUUUCCUAUAAUGACCUGCAUGGUAAAAUUCCAAAGGUUAGGAAAGAGGUUGUAUUUGCUGAAGGCAACACGCAGAUUGAGAAGGAUCGGGUUAUCUCGAGACAGUCUUUCGUUUGGAUUGGUAUUGGGAUAGGGUUUCUGCUCGCUGGAGUAAUAGGAGUUCUAUAUUACUAUCUGGUGAUUAGAAAGAAGAGUUCUGCUAUGGAGACAGAACCAGAAACGAUUGAACUACAAGCUCAGCCAUCUAGUGUCGUGGUAGCUGCUGACGACAACAUGAUUCCCUUUCAUAUUCUCAGGGAAGCUACUUCUGACUUCAGUGAUGGUAACCUCAUCGGUAGAGGUGGGUUUUCACUUGUGUACAAGGGCACACUAUCUGAUGGAACUGACAUCGCAGUCAAGAGAAUGGGAAAAGAUGACCCUUUGAUUGGUAUCGACACCUUCAAGUGUGAAGUCAGUGUGUUAAGUAAGAUCCAUCAUCGCAAUCUAGUGGUUCUACUAGGGUACUCUAUCGAAGGAGAAGAGAGACUACUUGUUUAUCAGUUGAUGCAUCAGGGCCCGUUGAGCAAACACCUAUAUCACCCGAGGGAUCAUGGAUUGGAACCCCUAGACUGGAAUAAGCGGCUUAAGAUUGCCCUUGAUGUUGCUAGAGGGAUCGAGUAUCUGCACACAUUGUCUCGGCAAAACAGAAGUUACAUUCACCGAGAUUUAAAACCUUCAAAUAUUCUUCUGGGAGAUGACUUGCGAGCCAGGGUAUCUGAUUUCGGUUUAGUCCGGUCAACAGCUGAAGGCAAAGAUUCAUUCACUACCGAGAAAUCCGCUGGAACAAUUGGUUACCUUCCACCUGAAUACACAAGUAUAGUCUUUUAUUUUUUUCUCAAGUCAAAUAUCUAAACAUAUUUUACUAUUUUGUAAUAUAUUUGUUUUACUAGACAAAUGACAUUCAUUUAUUACAGUGACAGGACGGAUUACCAGAAAACUGGAUGUCUACAGUUUCGGAGUGGUUUUGAUGGAGCUACUAACAGGACAAAAAGCCCUCGACAAAAAACGAUCUGAAGAUCCCCAGAUAUCUCUCUGGUUCAUGAACCUGGUCAAAGAAGCCUCCUGCGAAAUUGUGAUCGAUAAGACCAUUCAAAUCACUGAAGACAACCGAGGCAGCAUUUCUGAAGUGGCUAAACUGGCCAGUCACUGUUGCGCCAAAACUCCCGAGCAGAGACCCGAGAUGAGCUAUGCUGUCGCUGUGCUUGCCUCGUUGACCGAACAAUGGAAACCCAGUGAAGUUGGAGAGACGAAAGAUGAGUUUCUUGAAGAACUUGGAAAGAAGUGGCAUGAGCAGCACACGCUGGAGGGAACUAGUGGUACGAGCAGCGCAUGGCAGGAGUAGACCAACAAAACACAAGUCUGGAAGUUCAGCAACAGCUUGUAAAGCUGAUAAGAAGCUUCAGUUUUACACAAAGGUCAAAGAUACACUUACUUCUUUGUCUGUCCCAUAGGAGAUUGGUAAGAAGAAGAAAACUAAAGGCGAAUAAUCUUUUCCUGCCCUCUCCGACUUUCUUCCAGAAUUUGCAAAAGGCAUCAAGAGCUCGUUUUGAAGGAAGGGGAAAAGACUGAACAAGGUUCUAGACCAUCCAACUUUUCAAGCCGAUCCAUUUGGUUCUAUAUUUCAGCACCUGCAGAAUGAACAGCCACCAGUGGUAGAAGAGAAACCAAAGAAAGAUAUAUAUGUACAUGAUGAGUGUGGAUCCCGAAAAUGCUCCUGAUCAGCCUGAAUACAUUGAGAUAGGGAUAGAAUCUGGACUUCCAGUGGCACUCAACGGGAAGUCUCUCUCUCUCUCUCUCUCCAGCCACCCUUCUCUCCGAGCUUAACACAAAAGGAGGGAAACACGGCAUAGGCCGGAUAUGGA